AUGCAUUCGUGGCGAAUAUCAAAAUUUAAACUAGGGAAAUCCAAGGACGAUGAUAAUAGUGAAGAUGAGAAUGAAAAAUCGUGGGGUAAUGGCCUGUUUCAUUUCCACCAUGGAGAAAAGCAUCAUGAUGGCAGCCCGAAGAACCAUAAUCAUGAUCGUGAACAGCAUAUAAGAAAGAUCAAUACAAAUGAGACUUUGCCCAGUUCCUUAAGUUCCCCUAAAUUACGUAAUGAUGCAUCCUUCAAGAACUCAUUCGGAACCGAAAGUGUCAAUUCCAAGGCUUUUGAAAGGAAAGCAAGUGAAUCAUCGACAGAAACGAAAGCACCAAACUCAGCGUCCGGAUUAAUGACUGUAAAAGUGUACUCCGGAAAAGAUUUUACGCUUCCCUUUCCAAUUACCUCCAACAUUACUAUUUUGCAAAAGCUAUUAAGCUCCGGUGUCCUUAGUUCAUCACCUAAUGUUGCCUCGGAGGUUGAAACCAUAAUGAAGCAGUUGCCACGAUACAAGACUGUAGACCAGGAUCCAACAGGUGAGGGCUUAAUAGAUAGAGUUUAUGCUACUAAGUUCAUUCCUUCAACUAUAGUAUUGCCUGGUUCAACGAACCCCAGUCCAUUGCUCUAUUUCACAAUUGAAUUUGAUAAUUCUAUCACCACCAUCAGCCCUGAGAUAGGCACGAUGGAGCAACCCGUGUUUAAUAAAAUAUCGACAUUUGAUGUGACAAGAAAACUAAGAUUUUUAAAAAUUGAUGUCUUUGCAAGAAUACCAUCUUUACUCCUACCCUCUAAAAACUGGCAACAGGAAAUCAGCGAACAAGACGGAACAUUGAAUGAGAUUUUAAAAAAAAUAAAUACAAACCAGGACAUCCAUUUGGAUUCCUUUCAUUUACCAUUGAACUUAGAAAUUGAUUCUGCUGCUCAAAUAAGACUAUACAAUCAUCAUUGGAUUUCGCUAGAGAGGGGAUAUGGGAAACUGAACAUUACUGUGGAUUACAAACCUUCUAAAAACAAACCCCUCUCUAUUGAUGAUUUUGAUCUAUUAAAAGUUAUCGGAAGAGGUUCGUUCGGUAAAGUAAUGCAAGUCAGGAAAAAGGAUACACAAAAAAUCUACGCUUUGAAGGCGUUGAGAAAGGCUUACAUUGUAUCUAAAUGUGAAGUAACGCAUACGUUAGCAGAAAGAACUGUUCUGGCGAGAGUUGACUGCCCCUUUAUUGUUCCACUAAAGUUUUCAUUUCAAUCUCCAGAAAAACUGUAUCUUGUACUUGCUUUCAUUAAUGGAGGUGAACUUUUUUAUCAUUUACAACACGAAGGACGCUUUAGUCUAGCACGAUCCCGCUUUUAUAUUGCAGAAUUAUUGUGUGCUCUCGAUUCAUUACACAAGCUCGACGUCAUUUAUCGUGACUUGAAACCCGAGAACAUUCUACUGGAUUAUCAAGGACACAUUGCGUUAUGUGAUUUUGGGCUUUGCAAACUGAAUAUGAAAGAUAAUGACAAAACAGACACUUUCUGUGGUACUCCUGAAUACUUGGCACCAGAAAUAUUGUUGGGGCAAGGCUACACCAAAACCGUUGACUGGUGGACAUUGGGUAUUCUAUUAUAUGAGAUGAUGACAGGGUUACCACCUUACUAUGAUGAAAACGUCCCUGUGAUGUACAAGAAAAUUCUACAACAACCAUUAUUAUUCCCUGAUGGGUUUGAUCCUGCCGCUAAGGACCUGUUAAUUGGUCUCUUGAGCAGAGAUCCAAAUAGAAGACUGGGUGUGAACGGGACGGAUGAAAUCCGCAAUCAUCCCUUUUUCAAAGACAUUUCAUGGAAAAAACUGCUCAUGAAGGGCUACAUUCCUCCUUACAAGCCACUUGUUAAAAGUGAGAUAGAUACGGCAAAUUUUGAUCAAGAGUUCACUAAGGAAAAACCAAUCGAUAGUGUCGUAGACGAGUAUUUAAGUGCAAGCAUGCAAAAGCAGUUUGGCGGGUGGACAUAUAUAGGUGACGAACAAUUGGGCGACACCGUCUCCCAGGGAAAAAGCCUUCGUUAG